CGUGUAUCCCGUUCAACGCAGACCUGUCCCUCAAAGAGCUUUUCUGCUUCUCCCAGCCGUCAAUCAAAGCUCAUGGAGAAAGGUCGCUCUUCUGCGAGCUUCGAUCCAAAGGAUUUGGGCACAAUCAUUUAUGGAAGCAAGCAGGAAAUGGAGCAAGCAAUUGCUGCCUUCGAAAGAGUCGAAAAUAUUCUUGGAGACGACAAUUUCAAGCUUCCUGCGACCUAUGGAGAUCUCAAUCGCCAGCAAAUGCUCCUUGAAGGUCUUCGCGCUGGCAAGGCAACCUUUCAAGAUGGCCUCAAGCACAAUCACUCGAUCUUUGACUACACCACUCAUCUUUUCUCUCUGGGUAAUGCAAAUCCAUGCGGAUUGACUGCAUUCCUCUUUACACCUUUCCUCAAGUUGGUUGGCACUGAUGAGCAGGUUGCCCAUUGGCUUCCUCUUGCGGAGUCUGGUCAAAUCAUUGGAUCUUACUCCCAAACAGAGAUGGCUCAUGGUACUCAUGUGGGAGGCAUUGAGACUACUGCUACAUUUGACCGUGAGACCGAUGAGUUCGUCAUCCAUUCUCCAACCCCGACGUCAGCGAAGUACUGGCCUGGUGGCAUCGGUUACAGUGCUUCGCACACAAUUCUUAUGGCUAGGUUGAUCAUUGAUGGAAAUGACUACGGUGUUCAUCCAUUCAUGGUCCAGCUCCGUUCGUUGGAGGAUUUCAAGCCUAUGCCUGGCAUUGAAAUGGGUGAUAUUGGGCAUGUACUCAAAAUGUCCUACAACGAUACUGACAACGGUUACGCAAUAUUCAACUAUGUUCGCAUUCCUCGCACAGAUCUUCUUAGUCGCCACGCUUCGGUCUCCCAGCUUGGUGCCUACACUUCUGUUCCACUUCGGGACAAGCUUGUCUAUGGAGGCAUGCUUAACGGCCGUUCGGUCAUCGUUCGUGCUGCAGCAUUCCAACUUGCUCAAGCCCUCACAAUUGCAACUAGAUACUCUGUUGUCCGAGAACAAGGUCAUUCUCUAGACCUCGACGACAGUGGUGAAACUUCCAUUAUGGCAUACAAACACCAGCACUACCGUUUGCUUACUAUGAUCUCUCAAGCUUAUGCAAUCUUGUUUGCCUGGAAGGCCGGUAAUCUUGCACAUGCUGAUCUCCGUAUUCGUCAAACAAACGGCGACCACUCCACAUUGCCAUACAUUCAUGCUUUGAUGUGCAGCUUGAAAGCUUGGAGCACUCAGACUGCUGCGGAUGGAGCAGAAGAAGCCCGUAAGAUGUGUGGUGGCCAUGGUUAUCUCGCUAUGUCUGGUCUUCCAGAGAUUGUUGCGAGUAUCACCGCAACCUGUACCUUUGAAGGCGAGAACUGGGUUAUGUGGGGCCAAGUCGGUCGUUACUUGUUGAAGGGCAUGGAUGCUACCACGUUGCCUGUUGAUAUGGCUUACAUCGAUCAAUAUUGUCCAGCUGAUGAGGAACAAUGCCGUGCUAAGGGUAAGGACUUCCUGGACUUGACUGUUCUGGUUGAGAUCUUCAAGCAUCGAGCUGCGAGAUUAAUUCAUGAAGCCCACGCUAAAGUCAGCAGCGAGGUUGGAAAAGGAAUGAGCCGUGCGAAGGCACAGAACAAAUUCGGCUUGGAGUUGACCGUUGCCGCUCGUGCGCAUAUCGAAGUUUACAUUCUUGAGGCUUGCAUCCAGCAACUAGCACUCCCCGAGGAGACGGCAUCUCACGAGAUCCAGCAGGUCCUUCGUCGUAUGAUUUCUCUGUUCGGACUUACGGUCAUUGCAUCUCCAAUCGCCCCAUACACUGCUACAUUUAUCGGUGAUGGAUACUUCACCUACUCUCAGAUUUUCGACAUGACCUCCUUGAUCGAUGAUCUGUUGAUGGAGCUGCUUCCUGAUGCCGUUGCUUUGACCGAUGCCUUCUGCUUCACCGAUGGCAGUUUGAGAUCCGUAAUUGGCUGCAAGGAUGGCGACAUCUAUCGUCGACUUAUGGCCUGGACCAAGCAAUUACCAAUCAACGUUGAGGCUCGCAAGAAUGGUGGUCGUUUCAAGGAGGGUUGGGAACUGUAUACGGAGGCAUUCUUGAAAGAGAAUAAGGGCUUUGCUGGCAUUCCAGUUCGUGCUAAGCUCUGAAAAUUGGCUGACAUUCUUGAAGUAACUUUCAGACUCAGCGCCACGCCGUUCUCAUGAUCCUAUCUGCUUUCGAAUGUCAGGAAGAUGGUCGCCUGUACUCUUUCUGGUAUGUCCAAAGCGG